UCGUCGUCGUCGUCGUCGUCGGUGAGGCUGCGCGAGGGCCCGCGUGUUAAAGCUGAGGGCGUCCGGGCGGCGGACGGCUGGCAGCGGGCCGCAGGCAUGGGGUCCCGGGUGCUGCAGCUGCUUCGGCAGGGCGUGUGGGCCGCGCUCACCGGGGGCUGGUACCACGACCCGGAUCAGAGCAAGUUCACUAACAGCUGUCACCUCUACCUGUGGCUGUUCUUGCUGCUUCUGCCCCUGGCCCUGCACCUG